CUUUUGAAUGUCGAUUUUUUUUUGCGGCGUAUCAAAAUUGUAGUCCUCCUACAAAGUUUGGGAAAUUAAAAAAAAAAAAAAUCCAAAAUUCGAAACAUAAGGUGUACAUAGCCCCACAAACUUUUGUAAGAAAAGAAGUAGUUGAUCUUUGACAAAUAGGUUUAGACAAAGUGGGAAAUAUAUAUAGGUUAGCUAGGCCAACUACCGCAACAUUAAGGUGUUUUGGUUAGAGGACAAGAUGACCGCAAUUUCAACAAAAUGAGCAUUUCCAUGUGUCACUUCUCUCUUGGGAGCUGAGGCAAAAUCAUCACGUGCUGCCACACUCUCAGAAACUACGCGGUCGCCCACCGCAAACUCUACAUGAAUGACCAAAACCCAAUAACGCAAUAUUAAAUUUAAUUUAAUUACGGAAAUCAAAACUUAUUUUCACAAGUCAAAACAAAUAUUGUAUGCUUUUCGAAGCAAUAUAGUUUGUUUUCCACCCAACUUAAUUGGUCAUAUAGGGGUAGGGGCAUAUAUAGACAAGACUAAGGUUGUUUCAAAGGUUUUGAAGUUGGAUUAAUAGCAUCGGUUUUGUGUCGGAUAAAAAUGGUGAAGGCCGCUUAUGUUGAUAAAGAUGGGUUGAAGAAAGGCGCGUGGAGCGAAGAAGAAGACAAUAAAUUGAGAUCUUAUAUUGUGAGAUACGGUCAUUGGAACUGGCGAUUGCUGCCCAAAUUUGCCGGGCUGCAAAGAUGUGGAAAGAGUUGCAGGUUGCGAUGGAUGAAUUACCUGAAACCUGGUGUGAAAAGAGGGGAAUUCAACCAAGAAGAAAAAGAUCUCAUCGCCAAACUUCAUCAAGAACUCGGAAACAAGUGGUCUGGGAUUGCAGCGAAACUGCCCGGAAGAACAGACAACGAUAUAAAAAACUACUGGAUGACGAAUCUCCAGAAACGAGAUAAAUCAAAUAAAUCGACUGAGAUUUCCGACGAAGAAAAAUCAAGCAAUAAUCGCAAAAAAAUCGAGAAAUCAUCCGCGAGAAGCGAUGUUACAUCGGUAGAUCCGAAAUCUUGCAGCAGAAAAUCAGAAAAGUCAAAGGUAUCUAACUCUGAAAUGUUUAUUCUGGAAUCAUCGAACUCGAAUUCCUCAGUAGUUUUGAAUGCUUUCAAAUGGGAUUUGAAUUUAUCUGUGGAGCAAAAUGGCCUUGAAACAUUAUAAAGGGAAUUGAAAUUAAAUGUUUUGAGGGCCAAGUUUUUUUCCUUUUCUUUCCUUUUCUUCAUAUUUUUUCUCUUGAUUCAGGGAGAGUUUCUGACUCGGCCAUUCUUUCUUUUUCUGGCAGCAGAAUUAUUUUGUUCUUUUUUUGUCUUAUUUCUUUUUCUCACUUCGACUUCGCAUCCUAAUUGUAAACUAGAAGAUUUGUUGUAUGAGAAACAUUGUAUAAAUAAAACAUGUAUCUCUCUCA